UCAGAUAGCUGAGCCGUUCUGCAGCUUCUAAGUUCAACAUGUAUGAAGUUUUGCUGGGUUCUGCUCCUGAGAAUGAAGGUCGCCUUGUGGCAGUGAAGGUGGAAGAUCCCACCAGGGGACAGCCAGGCAACUCAUAGGAGGGCAGGGCGCAUGCUCAGGAACUUUACUGCCUGCGAUUUCGGCACUUCUGUUACCAGGAGGCAGACAUAUCCUCUGCAGAGAGGUGAUGAGGCGGCGACAUUACUGGAGAAUCUAGCCUCGGAACAUGGAGACACAGGGCAGCAGGCUACUCUCUGUGCUCAGGAACAGGACAUGCACCUAGUGGUGACAGAGUAUUGAGGAGCCUCUAUGGAGGAGUAUCAGAGCCUCCAUCUCCUGCAGUCUGUGGUCACUCCCUGGACAAGUGAAUCUCCAGAGCUCCCGGGAUGUGAGAGAUCUCUACAUUUACAGAGAUCCAAAUCUACUAAAAAGACCCUCAAAACUCCUUGUUACAUCUUCGAUGUUACAUCCUCAACCACGGCAGGAAACGAUACUGAACAGAACAGAGAUUCUCCUUCCCCAACUGAAAAGGCAGUCUCCACUUUGAACACUGUCAGGAACUGCCACCCACCCCAUGAGUCCUGGGCCAAGAUGCACAUUGAGUCCUUGCAUUACAUUACUCAGAAAGGGAGGGGAAAAGCCAAAUCUAGAGUGAGCGAGCUGCUCUGAGGCCUUGCAUUUUCUGAUGAGUCAGAGACAGAGGAAAACAAUGAGCCUGAGGUGCAGCCUGAGAGAAAGAAGAUAAAGGCAUCCAGCAUCCCUGAGAAGAGCUGGACCAAACGAGACAGUAAGCCUAACUUUCCAAGCUGGUCAGCCCUGGAUUCUGGACUUUUGAAUCUUAAGAGUGAGAAGUUGAACCCAGUAGAGCUCUUUGAAUUAUUUUUUGAUGAUGAAACAUUCGAUGUCAAUGAAACCAAUAAUUAUGCUUCUCAGAAAAAUGUCAACCUAGAAGUCACAGUGCAGGAAAUGAGGUGUGUGUUUGGUGCUCUGCUCUGCAGGGGAUUUGUAAGGCAUCCCAGAACAGGGAUGUAUUGGGAAAUCUCUGAUUCUGAUCAGACCCUGGUUAGAAAUGAAAUUAGAAGGGAUAGAUUUGAAUUAAUUUUCUCAUACCUGCAUUUUGCAGAUAAUAGCCACCUCGAUCAAAAAGAUAAGUUUUUAAAUUUGAGGCCUCUCAUAAAGCAAAUGAAAAAAUAUCCCCUUGUAUGCCCCUCUGAGGAAUACUAUUGUUUUGACAAGUCAAUGUGUGAAUGCUUUGAUCGUGACCAAUUUCUGAAUGGGAAGCCUUGUCAAAUUGGCUAUAAAAUUUGGUGUGGUACAACUAACUACACAAGGCUAUCUGGUUUGGUUUGAGCCUUACCAAGAAGACUCGGCUCUGGAAACAGAUAAGGAGCUGGACCUUGGGCUAGGUGGAAAUCUAAUAAUGAGUUUUGCUGAUGUUCUUCUGGGGAAAGG